AUGAAAAAGAGGAAACGUUCCGAUACGAAGAUUCGCAGCAGAUGUGUGAGUAAGUUAUACAAUUGCGAGGAAUACACUGAGAAAUUCGAUAAAAUCAUUUCAUUCUUGUACAAAAUAUUCUGCAAAGCUUCAGUGGGCUCGGAUUUCGCCGAAUUUCUAACUUUAACUGAGUUUUGCAACGGGCUAAACACGCUGGGAUUCAAUAUUAGCAAAAGUGAGCUGAUUGAGCACCUAAAACCCGUACUUUACGGCAAAAAUUACGAUUUGGAGGUGAUUCAAAACUACGGUAAUGGGAACAUAAAGACUCUGUACAGGCCUCCCCUCAAAGCCAAAAAUUCCUUUGAGUCCAAUUUAAUAAACCUUGAAGUAAUCAAGACUUUAUUCCUGAACAUUAAUUUGAAUUUAUCUAAAGCCAAUACAAUAUACUAA